AUGACACAGGAAUGCGAGGUAUUGACGUUGCGGCUGAAGAUGGAAUAUGCGCGAUUCCAGGAUUGGGGUGACAUCACUUGUCUUGCCGACCAUGCUCAGCACGAUGAGUAUGAGAAGAUGAAAAUCAACCGACCCCUUGUUCUGGCUAUCCUAGGAGAAAUCAAAAUACUCCUGAAAGACUUGCGAAAAGUCAGCCUGCGUCAUACGGAGAGGAUUUUGGAUGGGACAGACUCGCACCGGUCGAGGAACACUGAAGGCAAUGAGGACACUUCUCCAACCAAGAUGGGGGAUUUGACCAUGACAAGAGGAAACUUGAUGACCAGUGCAGAUGUCAAUAAUGGCUCCAGCGACCAUAACGAUAACGAAGGGACGUCAUCUCCCAGUCGUACGGAAGACGAGGUGACCGAGGCCAUCAAAAGAUUCGGAGGCCUGUCUGAAGGAACUUCACAAGGACCAUGGGGGUCUAGAAGGUACCCCCGAGGUUUAAAUCACAUAAUAUGCAUUUCCAAAGGGCUGAAAGAUACUUGUGUCCAGCCGCGUCGAUGGGUCUGGGCAUUGAAGGACAAGAAGCUGGUGGAAGACCGAUUACAUCGGUUGAAGCAAUUGACAGAUUUUCUUCAUGAAACCGCGAGCGACAGUCAACGAGAGUGGCUCCGCCAGGCAGGUGAUCAAAUCACGAUGGGCAUGUUACAACUCACCAAGAGUAUCUCAGACAUAAACCAAUUCUUAAAGGCGCAGAACCAACACAAUGGCUCGAUGCCUACCUCGGAAACUCCAUUGGAGCGCAUUACCCGUUUCAGUAUUGUUGCCUCGAAGGCGUUAGAAUCCGUCAAUCAGCCGACGAAUCGCAUUCCCGACACCGAGAUCAUAAACCUAAAUACGGGGAUCGCCACUGAAGGCUCUGAGCGAGAAGUAUGCCAAUUCCAGGGUCAUCAUGCAUGGAUAGAAUGGAAGAGGUAUAGAGAGAUCUCCGUUGCAUUAGAUGGGGUUCAAGUGGAGACUCAGCCAGAUCCGUUUGUUGUGAGCAGCGUGGAACGAUUGGUCACGUUGCUGAAGAUUCCCAACCGACCGGAAGAGUUUUGCAUUCCGGAUUGCAAAGGCUACUUCGAAGUGAAAGGAGAAAAUCCUCGGUUCGGCCUCAUUUACUCGACUAAGGAAACCGGCGCGCCACAACCGUUGUCGUCACUAUUCGAGAAAGACCCACCAACACUGAAUGAGCGACUCAUGCUAGCGCAGAGAAUAACCGAAGGAUUGGGCUAUCUCCAUACCGUGAAUUGGCUACACAAAGGCAUUCGUAGUGCCAAUGUCCUUCUCGUUCGCAAUACGAAAGCUGAGCUUUGCAACGUAUACCUCAGUGGACUAGAGUACGCAAGGCUAGAUGAGGCUGGUUUGACAAAUACUGCCCCUGUCGAAGAUCACCAAUGGGGCGUUCUGGGGAUAGUUCUACUUGAGAUUGCGCAUUGGAAACAGGCCGACGAAUUACUUGGAUUCCAGUGCCAUACCCCAUCCGGCGGCAUGGUGGACGGUAAACCGAAGAAUCUCUCUGAUCUAAAGAUGGUCAGAGAUGUCUUGCUCAAGCGUCCAGAUGGGUCAUCGAACAUUGUCAAAUCUAUCAGGAAUACAAUGGGGGAUAAAUUCUAUGAAGUAGUCCAAACUUGUUUGAAGGGCAUGGAGGCACUUGGGCUCAACGACAACCUUGACCAGACCGACUCCGCCAUCGCAACACUGCUCCAACAAGCCUACCUUGAUCGAGUUGUGAAUUCUCUGAAAGGUAUUCGGGUCUAA